AUGAAUCAUGUCCAGGCCACGGUGGCCUGGCUACAUGAGGUGGCGGCCAGCCUGCCUCAGCGACAUGCGGCUCGGUGGACAGAUCGUCUGGCCGAGGCGUUGGCAUUACUAUUGCCGCGCCUGCUUUACUGGGCGCCCCCCAGAGUCAGCCUCGAAGAGGCAAGACCCAGAACGUCAAAUCGGCAUAAACAGCCGACGAGAGAGGAGGAUUUGAGAGAAAACGAGGCGAUUGAUGGUGCAGAAAACAAGUGCCCAGCAAUCGACUGUGCAAAGAGGAUGGAUUUGGAAAGAUGGGAACUGGUGAAGCUGAUCUCAUGGCAACUGUUGGCAUGUCUUAGUGGCCACGAAAUGGGGGAGGAAGAAACAAAAUCAGCGACUGGGACAUCUCAGUCAAUCGCCAGACUGCUGGAAAAAUGCCGUCAAAUGCUUGCAUUUCUAGGGCCGAGUUUGUGUCCUAUUCACUCUUUCCUCUUGAACAAAGAAACUGAGGGUGAGUCUGUAAAGAAGAAAGUCUAG